UACUUUCGAUUGUAUCGGCAGACGGUGAGACGUCUCGAGAUGUCUCGAAAUAGCGUCGACGGGAAGAAGCGGUUCCGGCGGCUUUCGGCGAAGUCGCGCCGCAAGGUCUCAAGGUCGAGGAGAGAAGCGAUAUUGGAUAGAUAAACACGCAAGACCGCGCGAGUACGUCACGAUCUCGUACAUCCCCCGUAAAAAACACGAACCGAUAGCGGACAAGACCCACGUGGGCUCUCUCUCGGACGACGCCGUUCGGUUCGACGUCGCGUUCGCGUGCCGACUGCACGAGAAGGAGAGAAUAAGGCGAGGAGUGAGACAGAUUCGUUUAAUCUAAUUCAAGAUCGGGACGAGCGGAGAAUUCGCUUUCGGCAGCAAACGGGGGGUACAAACUCUAAUGCUCGACAUGUGACUUGAACCGCGAGCAGAUAACACGAGCUGCAUCUCUUAUCAGCGAUCACGAAUCGACCUAGGACUAGACGCUCCGCGCCGACUGUCGCGCUAACAAUUGAUGCUUAGAAAACGCCAAGUGUCGGUGUGACGUAAGGAAAGGCGAAACAGCUGUGGUGAAAGACUAGAGGAAUUCGGGAAGGAGGAAAAUAAUUAAGAAAACACGUACGCAUCGUUGGAGAGGUGGGUGACACUCACACAUACACAUAUAUUUGAGGCUGCCAUGCUUGCACCGUUCCAUGCCCCCCACCGCGUCCUCCAGCCGUACGUGCAUUUUAUAAGGACUGUACGCUCGUUACAGUCAGCCAGUUAUCACGGUGUGACCGUUACCGCGUCAUCGUUGUCGUCCUCGUUCGGCGUACGGGAAUCGGAUUGUCAUCGUCCUCGCCACCUGCUCAGAAAUCCGUCGUCGGUAGCGCAACUUGCCAAGAUUCUCGGCGCCUCCUCGUUCGCGACAAUGGCCAAAAUUAAGACAGGACCAGUCGUCGACAUUCUUGGCGAUGAAAUGACGCGCAUCAUAUGGGAUUCGAUCAAGGAAAAACUCAUCUUGCCCUACUUAGACAUUGAGUUGCAUACGUACGACUUGGGUGUCGAGAAUCGCGACGCGACGGACGACAAGGUGACGGUGGAAUGCGCUGAGGCAAUCAAACGUUACAACGUCGGCAUCAAGUGCGCCACGAUCACGCCCGACGAGAAACGCGUGGAGGAGUUCAAGCUGAAGCAAAUGUGGAAGAGCCCGAACGGCACCAUCAGGAACAUCCUGGGCGGCACGGUCUUCCGCGAGGCGAUCAUCUGCAAGAACAUACCGCGCCUGGUGAUCUGUUGGAAGGAGCCAAUCAUCAUCGGCAGACACGCGCACGCCGAUCAGUACAAGGCUACGGAUUUCGUGGUGCCAGGUCCGGGAAAGCUGGAGAUCAUGUGGACUGGCGAUUCCGGCGAGAAAAUCAAGCAUACCGUUCACGAAUUCAACGGAGCUGGCAUCGCUCAGGCUCAGUACAACACGGACGAGAGCAUUCGCGCUUUUGCCCAUAGCUCGUUCCAGUACGCGUUAUCGCGCAACUAUCCGCUCUACUUGUCCACCAAGAACACAAUCCUCAAAAAGUACGAUGGUCGUUUCAAGGACAUAUUCCAAGAGAUCUACGACAAGGAGUACAAACAGAAGUUCGAGGCGAAGAAGAUAUGGUACGAGCAUCGGCUCAUCGACGACAUGGUGGCCUAUGCCAUGAAGUCCGACGGUGGUUUCGUAUGGUCGUGCAAGAAUUACGACGGCGACGUACAGUCAGACUCGGUGGCACAGGGCUACGGCUCCUUGGGCAUGAUGACAUCGGUUCUCUUAUGUCCAGAUGGUCGCACCAUCGAAGCCGAGGCCGCCCAUGGCACCGUCACCCGUCACUACCGUCAGUAUCAGCAGGGCAACGAGACGUCCACCAAUCCGAUCGCCUCUAUUUUCGCGUGGACUCGCGGGCUGCUGCAUCGCGCUAAGCUUGAUGACAACGCGCGCCUACGACACUUUGCCGAAACUCUUGAGAAAGUUUGCAUCGACACCAUCGAGGCUGGUUUCUUUACCAAAGACCUCGCCAUAUGUAUCAAGGGCAUGAGCAACGUCACCAGGGCCGAUUACCUCGAAACGUUCGAGUUUAUGGACAAGCUUGCCGAGAAUCUGAAGAAACAGCUCAACGCGUGACUGAAGGAUGACAACGAAGAAUGUAGCCUACGAGCCAAGUAUUAAGUCAUUGCAUUGUAAUGAAAGAAAAGAAAUAUUUACGUGGUUACGGGAAAAAACCAGGCUUCAACGAGCACAUUAUAUAUAUAUAAUUGCAUGCAUAUAAGAUUGUCACAGUUACGUCAAAUCUUCCUUGGUUUUAUGCUACAUGUCAUAAGCGCGUUUAAUUUUAUCUUAGAGUCAUUGAUCACGCCAUUGGUUUCGUAAAACGUCACUAGUCGAUUGCCUCAUAUUUUCCUCGUGGCUAUGUAAUAGAUAUAAAAGGCAAGAUAAUGAUAUUGACUAGUGAUUUGAUCAAUUCAACUCGGCAAAAUAAAUAAUAUGGUAUAAAUCAUUGUCAGUCGUAGCGCUACAUUUUAAAAUUGUAGAAUUUAUACAAUGCUACGAAUGGACGAAAUGAUUUAAUGAAACAGUUUUGUGCACUGGUUGGUUAAGGAAAGCGAAUCUAUUCAUAAAUAAUUGUAUAGAUUUUUAAAUAAAUUUUUUUAAUAGAAGGCAAUAAAUCAUAUUUAUAUAUAUAUAGAAAAACUCAUUAAAAUAACUUUGAAUCACUUUAUAUUAAAGGUUAAUCUACAUUGUGCUUUUCUGACUUUCAAUUUUUUUGCUUUUUGCCUCUUUUCAUACUAUUUACUGUUUUAUGAAAAUUGACGAGAUAAAAAUUAACCAACUCUGAAAGAAGACAAGAAAAACGUGACAAGAAAGACACUUGCCGAUAAAAUAGUGCUCAAAGAAACAAAAGGGUAAUAAAGAGCAAGAAACAGGAAGCGAAAAACACAUUGUUGAUUAGCCGUAACUACUUGUGAAAAAAAAUCUUUGGAAAAUUAAAAAGAAAAAAAACUUUUUUCUAACAGUAUGGAAAUUUUUUCUCGCUUUUCAAAUCUUUACAUUAAAAUUACGUGAUUUCAUUAUUAUUACUAUUAUUAUUAUUAUAUAUAUAUAUAUAUAUAUAUAUAUAUAUAUUCUCAUGGUUAUAUUAUAUAAAAAUUGUAAUAAUACAGUAUUGCAUUUUUUUUAAAUAUUUUUCAAAAAAGUUGCAAUUUAGCGUAGCAAAUAACAGCUUCUUAAUCAGUUACGUUUAUCGGCUAUCAACUCGUGAUUACUUAAUUUCGCCCACAGUUCAAACGAAUGUUGUGCUAAACGUCGAGAUAGGACUUUUCAUUUUGUUGCAAUCCGAGCAAAAUCGAUGGAAAACAAUUAUAUCUUCGACAUUUGAAUAAUUUAUGGAAUUGCAUAAGUAAUUACAAGAAUCUUAAUAAGUCUAGUUUUUUUUGUUAUCUGUAAGAUAUGUAGUAAAUAACGCACGAUAAGUAAACCAAUAAUUUCUCAUACAAAUCGACAUAUCAUUUGUUUGAAUCUUUUAAAGUAAAAGGUUUUAAACGGACGCUGAUUGGAAUGACUGAUCAAACUCUGAUUAACUUCUCAAAUAAUAUUUGUUAGCAUUUAUUUUGUUAGUAUAAAUGAAAUUACUAAUUUCUUAUCAAUCAACGUAUAUUUAUUAGUUUCUUAUCAUUUAAAAGAUUAAAAAUGAUGAAUUAUACGUGUUGGACAUUUUGUUGCGAGCGAUUCCACUGGUUGGAUUAAGCCUGAUUUAUGCAGACUGACGUAACCAUAAGAAAUUUGCCAAACACAAUCAAUUAUUCUUCUAGAAAUUGGCAAUGAAGUUGCCUUAAAAAUAAUUUUCAACGAUUAAAUAAAAAGAGGGAUUGAAGUGUAAGGGAAAAUUACAAUUUUUAAAGCCUUAAAAGUGCACAAAGAAUCUGAUUAUUGUAUUAUCUUAUUAAUUUAUAUUUCUGUAGAGUUUCUAUGAGUUUACCAGAUCAAUGCGGAAGUCUUGAUCCCCUUUUUGGUAUUCUUAUUAGUUGACAGAUAUUAUGGAAAUUAUAUUAGAAAAAACUAAAGCUGUGACGUCAAAAACUGUCUAUGAAAAAUUCAUGCGAUUUAAAUUAUUUAUAGUGCUACUUUAUAUAGGCAAAAGUGAGUCUAAAAAAGAAUAUUAUUUAUGUGUGAUUAUAAUUUUUUAAGUUUCUGAAAGCAACAAAAAUAAGGAAUAUUAAAAAAAUGCUUGUGAUGAAUUUUGGGAAUUCAAAAUGUUUUUUAACAACUACUGUAUUUGUUCUUUUCCAAAAUUUGUACAUUAUAAUCGCAAGCAAAUAUUUCUUUUUUUUUUAACUUAUUUUUACCGAUUUUUACUAAAUAGCACUGUAAAUAACUCAAACGACACAAACUUUUUUUUAUAGCCAGAUCUUGACGUCACUUUUUCAACGAUAAGUAUCAUCGUAUCUGUCAUCAUAGUAGGUAUCUGUCAGUAUUAAUACUCUGUAAUAUUAUCUUUUCAAAUAAGUCCAGAACUUUUGCACUCACCUAUUAGGUAUGCACAAAAAUUCUGGCGGUUCAUUUCAGAGUUUUUCAACUUUUAAGUAUAAUAUAUUGAUCCCAAUAUCAAUGCAUGCGACUCCAUUUUUAUAAUAAUUCUUGCAGCAACGAUUGAGAAAAUAAGAGGAAGUUUUAGUAGCGUUUAUGAACAGCAUUUAUGAAAUAAGAACGGAAGUUAUUAAAAUGCACAUAAAAGCGUUGAAAGUAAAACUGAUUAUUUCUUUCGCUUAUUGCAACAUCGCCAUACACAUUAUAUAUUUUGCCGUGUGCUUCAGUCUUAGAAUAAAUUCAAAAAGCAAAGGAUAAGUCUGUUAUGUAUAAUAACUUCUCAAUUUUACUUGGCAAACAUUUUUUUUAUUACAUCAAUAAAAAACACUUAUUAUGUCUCGUUCAA